AUGCACCAUUUGGUGAUCUUCUAUGUGGAGGUGGUGGAGGUGAAGGUAGUGGUGGCAGUGAAGGAGGUGGAGGAGGUGGAGAAGAACGCGGGGUUGGUGAAAAAUGCGGAGGCAGAGAUGGCAAAAAUGAUGGAGACCAAGGUAGAGGAGAGGAAGGUGGUGAUGGAGAAGGAGGCAGAGAAGAUGAAGGUAGAGGUGAAGGUGGUGGUGGUGGUGAUGAGGGAGACGGAGGAGAUGAUGGUGAUGAAGGUGGAGGAGAAGGCAGGAAUGCGAGGUGGAGGAGGAGAGGAUGGUGGACGUGAAGGCUGUGGGGGAAAGGGUGGUGGUGGUGAAAGAAGCGGAGGAAAUGGAGGUGAUUUCUUAGGCGGUGGAGGUCUAGAUGGUGGAGAAGUAGGUGGUGAUGAUGGUGGAUGUGAUUUUUUUGGUGGUGGGGAUGGACUCUUUUUUGGUGGUGGAGGAGAUAGCGGUGUUUUCUUCGUGGAGUUAGAGGUGAAGGUGACAUUUUAG